CGGCAGAGGCGGGCAGAGGCAAGGCGCGCGCCCCAACGCGGUCCCGGCCGGAGCCCGAGCCCGAGCCCGCCUCGUCGCGCUCCGCGACCCACACUCGCCGGCCGAGCAUGGGUUCGUGCGCCUCGGGCGGGCCUCGGGCCCGGGCCGGGCUCCCGCUGCUGCUGCUGCUGCUCCUGCUGCUGCUCGGGUUGCUGGCCCCGGGCGCGCAGGGGGCGCGGGGCCGCGGCGGCACCGAGAAGAACAGCUACCGCCGCACGGUCAACACCUUCUCGCAGAGCGUCAGCAGCCUGUUCGGCGAGGACAACGUGCGCGCCGCUCAGAAGUUUUUGACCAGGCUGACCGAGAGGUUCGUGCUGGGGGUGGACAUGUUCGUGGAGACCCUGUGGAAAGUCUGGACGGAGCUCCUGGACGUCCUGGGACUUGACGUCUCCAACCUGUCGCAGUACUUCAGCCCGGCCGCGGUGGCCAGCAGCCCGGCCCGAGCCCUGCUGCUGGUAGGCGUCGUCCUCCUGGCCUACUGGUUCCUGUCUCUGACCCUGGGCUUCACCUUCAGCGUCCUGCACCUGGUCUUCGGCCGCUGCUUCUGGGUCGUGCGGGUGGCGCUCUUCGCCAUGUCCUGCGUCUACGUGCUGCACAGGCACGAGGGCGAGCCCGAGGGCGCCGUCCUGCCGCUCUGCUUCGUGGUGGCCGUCUACUUCAUGACCGGGCCCAUGGGCUUCCACUGGCGCAGCGGCCCGGGCGGCCCGGGGGCCCCCGGCGGCCCCGGCGUGGAGGAGAAGCUGGAGCACCUGGAGAGCCAGGUCAGGCUGCUCAACGUCCGCCUGAACAGGGUCCUGGAGAGCCUGGACCGCUCCAAGGACAAGUGAAGGUCCGCUGGCCGGCUGGGUCCACCGGUCAGGAAACAGAGAGGAAGGAGGAGACCACGCACACCAGCCCCCAAGACACCUCAAUAAACAGCACCCGGCAGGACAGCGGCGCGAGGCGAGGCCUUUCUACCCGCGCCGACCCGGACCCGUUCCAGAAGGACCCCAGGUGGCGUGCAGAGCCCACGCCUUGUGUCGUUAGUAGAGGAGACGUUUCUAAACCCAGGUGUAGCCACACUAGCUGUACAGCACGCGGUCUCUGCAUAGACCACAAAGUUAAUUUUCCAAGCAUUUAAAUACAUCUUUUGUAGGGCGUUUAGCGAGGGCAGCCUGGUCAGCUUCCGCGGGACUCGACGCGGAGGGGAGAGCGUGCCCAGUGGCCGUCUUCCCGUCUGUGCUUCCUCUUCGUAGGCCGAGCCCUGAGCUGCACUGCUGGCCCGCAGCUGCCGCGGGCUUGGCCAGGGGUCACUGCUGAGCCGUUGCGCCCAGGCCGGGGCUCAGCCUCUCGGACCCACAGGGACCCUGGCGGCCGUGUCCGUUGCGUUUCCGAAUGCGGAGUCCCAGGUCUCCCGCCCUUGAAUUCUGAGGAUUUUGGCCUCAGCAGCUCCGCAGGGAGGGCCCAGCUGAGGAGCGUCCCUGGGAUUCGGGCCCAGCUGCCUGGCCGAGUCACAGGCUCUUCAGGAGCAUGGCUGCCCGGCCAGGCCCGUGCGGAAGGCUGUCCCCGGAGGGCGUCUGGCUCACUGACUCGGGUCCUUGGUGGAAGGUGGACAUGGCUGUCCCUCCUUGGGGUCCGCUCCGCUUGUCCCUGUUCUCGGGAAGAACGAGCCGUGGCGGGAUCGGUACCGAUUCUCCUGGAACCUUCUCGACCCCCGUGUCAGGUGCUUGCUGUGCAGAAUUCGCCACGUCCUCGUUUUGGGUGGUCUCCGGGGGCAGAGCGGAAUGGACGCCGCAGGUGGACGCCGGUGGGAGUCCUGGGCCAGGCCGUACGACCUUCACAGGACCAGGCUCUGAUCGCUGUGGGGUCACCACUGCAACCACGUCCCCAGCGCCCACUCGGCCCUGCGCAGGGCUUGGUGGAGGAGCCCCCAUCUGACCGCACAGAGCCCGGGCCUGCAGGUGCCGGCUGGGAGCGCGCUGGCUCCUGCCGACUCCUGCAGCUUUGUUCCCUUUGCAAGGACCUGGGACCGGGCGCAGGUGUUGAGGGGUGUUUCCUAAGCGUGCGCGUCUCCGGACCCGGACUCCCCAGCUUUCCUGGACCCUUCCCUGUUCUCCGGGGUUUGCUUGGGCACAUCUGCACUCGUGGGCAUGUGAGCACAACUUGAGUGGACGCCAUCCCAGUCUCGUCACUCAGAUGCUAUCGGUGAGCCUGGUUUUAGUCCACGGUACAAAUACGGCCCUGGAGGCCACAGUCAGCCUCUGGCCGCGCCAGGGUGAUACCAAAAGAUGGCUUUGCCAGCACCGGCCAGUGGGGAUUUGGUGUUCUGUGCACAAAGCUGACGGUUCCUGCCCUGCUGGGGCUCCACUGGCCCCAGGUCAUCGUGAGAUGACCGGGCUGCCCCUGUCCUGGGGUAACACCCACUCCGCCCUCCGCCUGCCCUCCUGGCAAGCAUGGAGAGACCGUCUCUCUCCUCCCCGUCCGUGGACAGGCACGCCCACCCGGUGCCGGCAGAUCAGGCCGCAAACCUCAGCUGGAAAUCACUGUGGAAAACACACACCAUUUUUCCGAUCUGGCCCCUGUAGCUCUGAAGCCAGUUUUAUAGCUUGGCACCCACACGCAGAGGAUGCCUUCCUUUUUAAUGAAGAAACUAUCGAGCAGCGUCACUUCGGGGUCGAGCGUUACUUGGAAUUCUGAUAGAAACCCGAGAGGGUAGGUUUGAGGUUUGUGUUUGGGUGUUGGUGCUGGGGUGGAACCAGGGCCUGGCAUCUGGCUGGGUGAGAGUCCUUUACCACCGAGCCCCAGCCCAGCCCAGCCCAGGUUUGAACGUUUCUGAAUGGUUUUAAGUUUAAGUUUUGCUUUGUUUGGGUCCAGUCUUUUCUUGUUUGUUUGGUAGGGAGGAUUCCACCCAGGGGUGCUCCGCCACUCAGCCCCAGCCCCAGCCCCAGCCCGUUUCCUUUUUCCUUUUGAGACAGGACCUCGCUGAGUUGCUGAGGCUGGCCUCCCACUUCCCACCCUCCUGCCUCAGCCUCCUGAGCGGCUGGGAUUAUGGGCGUGUGCCACGGCGCCUGGCUAUUUGGGCAUAUUCCUAACCCCCAACCCUGAAGGCCUUCUUUCCCCUUCUCUCCAUUUCACGGAAGCUUCUAGGGUAUCUCCUGCCCCCGACAUCUCUUUUCUUUCUUCUCUCUUUUCUAUGUGGGAAAAUGUAUUUUUGUACCAUAACUCAUAACCUUGAAGAGAAACCUUUUUUAUAUCUUCAGGCCUGUAGACCCUAUUAGCACAACACGUCACCGAGUGUGACAUUAAGACAAAAAUUUUGAUGACAACUGUGGAUCUGUCAUAAUUAAGAGUCAGUUUUUUUAAUAUCUCCAAGUUAAUCAGUGUUCACUUCCUGAUGCCUCAUAUCACAGUGAAUGUUCCCUUUACCAGGCACAGGAAGGGGUCUGGAGAGGAACGGUGACCGGCAGCUCUGAAGGGCUGGGCCGUGCGGCCAUGCUGGCUGCGUGUGCGGUGGUCUCUCCUCAGGCGGGUGGCCGCGUGCACCGGAAGCCCUGCUCCGUGCGUGGCCCACACCUCUGGCUCUCUUCCCGUCUCUUCUGCUUGGUGCUUGGCCCCCCCGUGGCUCCUGGCGACAGAGCAGCCCCGGGCUGUCCUGAAAGCUGGCCUCGUGAAUGGUGCCGGGCCUUAUUCACACGGGGGGCUGCCUCUGCAAGGUCUCCACACAGGUCCCCAUGAGGCCACGUGGGUCACGAGCAGAGGGAGCGGGAACUGGGACAGGCCUCUGCGCCUGGCGGGAAGUGACCGGGUGGGAACUGAGAACAUGCGAGUUGGGUCAGAGGCCGGGAGAAUCCUGACUUCUGUGGCCUCUCUUGGGCCCUGGGAUUAGCAGGCCUGCAGAGGGGUUGCAAAUGGCGUUCUGGAGCCAGCCCAGAGCCCCAAGUCCCUGGGCCUGGACCUUGUGGCCGGCGGGAAGCCCCAAAGACUGCGUUUCCGCAAUCCUUGCUAGUUUUUCUGUCUUUUGAGUGCUGGGGAUUCGACCCAGGACAACUGACGGCUGAGCCACAUCCCAGCCCUUUUUAGUUUUUAUUUUAAGACGGUCUCGCUAAGUUGGCUGAGGCUGACCUUGAACUUGCCAUCCUCCUGCCCCAGCCUCCCAGGCUGCUGGGAUUGUGCCCCACUGCCCCACUUCGUGGUAGUUUUUAAGACGGCCCCAUGAGUGAGAUCUGGCUUCCGGGUGGACCCCGAUAGCCUCUGGCGGUUUCUGAGCCUGCUGGUCACAGAGCCAACUCUCGCCCUCCAUCUUGCGCACCAGAGGGACUUCCUCGGGCUCCUGAGUGUCGCCCGGCCCCUCCCAGCCUUUUCAUUCACCUGUGCGGUGCCGGGCUGGGACCCGGGACCAGUAAGCACGUGCUGUCCCACAGAGCCGCCCGCCAGCCCGCGGCCUCGGGUUUGUAAAAGCCACAUUGUCACCCGCAGAAUUUCUACUUGGACGCCGUGUUCUUCGCCUGUGAACCGUAGAAUUCUGUGCUCUUCACGGGACCGAACACAGUCCCCUCAAGGUGGUCAGCGUGAGGUGGGACCUGGUGCCCGGGGCCCGUGCCGCGCGCGGCCUUCCUCCGUGGGUGCGACACGCACCACUUCUCUUGUGGCACAAAAAUCUGUCACUUGCACCGUUGACUGAAAACCUGUGGCAGCUAGCGGUGUUACCGACCGCCCGUCCUGAGGUCCGGUGUUCCCCGUGUCCCUGUGACCACAAGGGUUCCCGUGAUGGUGACGCCCGCCAGGGAGUUCCUUCCCUCGUCUCCCCUGGAGAGGCCCCCGUGCGGCCCUCGAGGGGCGGUGGUGUCCCGCGUGCCUGGUGGGAAGCGUCCCCUCGAUGGCAGCCGGAGGGGCGCCGGCACUCGGCUCCCUGGGCCUUGGGGAGUGGAUUCUGCAGACCUAGGUGUGAAUGUCUUCUGGCUUAUCAUUUCUUUCCUUUUUUAUUUUUUGCGAAGUGAAUCUGUACAUUCCUCUUAUUUAUUAAAUCACUGGCUUUGGUGUUAUGUAGAGAUAUUUGUAGAUUGAUUUCAGAACAGAAUUAAAAUAUUGUGAAAAUUACAGCUUAAUAAAUGUUUAUUGUAAUUCCUUGUA